AUCGACUGGCGCGUGUCGUUACCCAGUUCCGGAGCGGCGAGAGCAAGCCUCCGCCUGGUCCGUCGCUAAAAAAAUCGGAGACGGAAGCUCUGUCCUCUCCCGUUUCGACUACACUACGCCCAGGAAAAGAGAUGAACUUGGUGACGCCAUGGAAGCUGAGACCGACGCCCCCGCUCGCUCCUGUUCCCUCCGGCCUCGAAGCGACCGCCUUCCGCCCACCUUCUCGCCGUACCCACGAUUGCUCAUCCUCUUUCCGCGCGCGCCCGUCUCCGAACAGGGCAUUCGCGUCGCUCGCCAGGAAGCGGGACUCGCAGCCCGAGCCGGUCCUGAAGCCGACCAUCGUCGAAGAAGUGUCGGCGGGUGUCGACGAAGAGGAGGACGCGGUCAUCUUCGACGGUUUUGAUGAUGAUGCAUUGGAUGAUGAGUAUGAGGAUAGGAAUUUUGAAGAUGAGUAUCUGGAAGAUGAUGCUGAAGUCUAUGCUGGGGAUGGAGGUGGAGGAGGUGGGAUUUCUCUCGCCGGGACUUGGUGGGACAAAGAAGCAUUAGCGAUAGCUCAAGAGGUCUCUCGGUCUUUUGAUGGCGAUUUGAAGAUAUAUGCCUUCAAAACGCUGUUGAAUUGCACAAUUCAAGUUCGCAUCGAAAAUCUUUCCAAGAGGUCUGGUUCCCCUAGUAUAGAAGAUAUAGAAGCAUUUUCUGUGACCUAUAGAGCUCGUCUAGGUGAAGCUGAGGCUGCCAAAUCUGUACCAGAGAAUUUAUCUUUGGAGGUCUCAUCUCCUGGCGUUGAAAGAGUCAUUGGCGUUCCACAUGAUUUUGAUCGGUUCAUGGAUCGAUCCAUGUUUGUAAAAUACAUCGCAGAGACAGACUCGAGCGGCUCAUCAUCGGAAGGUGAUGGCAUCUUCAAACUUGUUUCCGUCGACAUGGAGACCAAAUGUUGCACCUGGGGUCUAGCCGAUGUAAGAGCGAACAGAGAAAAAGCCGGCAAAGGAAGGCCUCUUAAUAAAAAGCAACGGGAAUGGCGUUUGACUACAUCCUUCGAUUCUUUACGCCUUGUUCGACUAUAUUCUGAUAUCUGAAAAUUUUACUUAAUGGCAUGCCUGCAUAGGUGUCUUUACUGUUCGGAACAGUAGUUAAGAGCUCAUUUUCUUUUUCCCUAUUCGAUUUUGCUGAUGUUUCGAGUUGUGAACCUGUAUAUGUAAAGAUUUGUCGGACAAAAUUGUAACAUCUGACACUAUCAAAUGUCGAGCUCAAACAUAGGAUUCUGGAAAA